CUUCAGUGCUUCUUCACAGAGCAGAAAGAAAGAGUUCACUGAGAAGGAAAUCUGUUCUCUGUUUCUGUUGCUUGAUGUUUUGGACUCUGGAGCAGAGAAAUGAGACUUAAGAUCAGCAGCAACUGAGACGACAGACAGACAUGGACAAACAGAAAGUGCUGGCCAAGCUGAUCUGGGAUCUGCAGUCCUUCCUGUCUGUUCUGGACUCUGAACAGAACCUGAGUUACAUCGCUCAGUCUCAGAAGAAAUCCAUCUCAGAGCUGCUGUCCAAACUGCAAACAAACGACACUCCUGUAGAAGAUGCUGAGUACAUGAUCAUGAGCUGUCCAUCAUCGUCUCCUAGCAAUGAGCUGGCAAACACACCUGGGACAGAUUUGUUUGCUUGUCCAGAAGGUGUCCAGUCUGAGCUGGUCUUAAAUCAGGACUCACCUGUGUGGCAGACAAAAGGGGGCCCUGAGGUGCCACCCCUACCUCCAGGAGGUCUCGGAGGUGAUGAGGAUGAUGAAGAUACCUAUGAGGAGGCGGAACCUUACCUACCUGACACAACCAUGUCUAACACUGAGAAGGCGGAGUCAGACAGCAGUCACUACGAGUCAUACGGGGAGGAAGAUGAUGAUGAUGAUGAUGAUGAUGAGAAGCCUGUGAAGGACAGAGCUCACUACAUCCAAUGGAGCGCCUCCCAGCCCUGCCUAAGACCCAUCCCCGAGUCCCGCCUCUGUGGUUACCUGUGGAAGAGGAAGUGGCUCGGACAGUGGACCAAACAGCUGUUCAUCAUCAGGAGCGACGUGAUGCUGUGUUAUAAGUGUGCUCAGGACCUGCUGCCUCAGCUGGAGUUGAACCUGCGCGGCUGUCAGCUCGUCUACAAGUCAAAGAGCAAUAGGAAGAUCCAGCACCAGCUCAAACUGGUGUUACUGGGCUCAGAGACACUGGUGCUGGGCUACAGCAGCUUCCAGCAGGCCGACGAAUGGAGGAGGGUGAUAGAGGAGGUGAGUGCUGGGGGUGAAGUGGAGACUCAGAGCUCGUUGUCUCUGAUCAGAUCAGACCGGCUGCUGUCCUGCAGGUCCAGUACAGUCCAGACUGACUCUGAGGAAGAGAAACCUUCAGCUGGCUGCAGCCUCAACAAAGACAAAGGUUUCCUGAGCGUGCUGAUGAACUGUCAGUGGCAGAGUUUACUGUGUCAGGUGGAGGCAGGUCUACUCAAAAUGUUUGGAGAGGAGGAGAAGGAGGAGGAGGUAGAGAGGUCGCCUCAGUACACCGUCCAGCUCAGAGGGUGUGAGGUCAGAGGCGGGCCUGACACCGACCACUCCUACAGGAUCACACUGAGCAUGCUCGGUGACCAGGUGGCUGUGCUGGAGGUGAGUAGUUCAGGUGAAAAGGAGCGAUGGCUAAAGCUGCUGCAGGACAACACACAGAUCAACACAGGUGGAGCUCUCAGUGGGCUGCAGACUCGAAGGUUUCCCACCGCCAACACCUACAUGGACGACCCCUUCCACCUUAGUGGAGCAGGCCAAGACCAGCCCAUCUACUCCAACACCUCCAUACUGGAGCUCAUGCUCCACAGCUCUCAGGAUUCAGUUCACUGCAGCUCGGUGUCGUCCAGAGACUCAGUGGCCUACAGCAACACCGUCUUCACCGGCCACAACAGGAAGUCGGUGGAAGUGGAACGAGGUGUUCAGAAGCUGGAGUUAACGGGGAAGAGCACGGUGCAGCUGAGGGCGGGGUCAGAGAUCAACCUGGCGUCUGUCGGAAAGCAAAACAAACGCACCUCUUUUAGACAGUCGCUGGCCAUCUGCAGUGAGCGUGCUCAGGCGGGUUUCCUGAACCCUCUGCUGCGACGGACGGCCUCAGCUAAAAAUUCUCUCAGACGAGCUCCUUCAGCGCUGUUCAUUGAACAUGGGAAGGUUUUCCAGAGGAGGAAGGAAUGGGAAACCAAAGCUGCUGCUUGAUACCAACCGUCUGUCAUCAUCAUCAUCAUCAUCAUCAUCAUCAUCUACAAACAGUCCUCUCAAUUGAAGAACUUUCUGGCAUGCUUUACAAUGAAUGAAGUUACUCAUUACGGUCAGAGGUGGAGAAAGUAUAUAUUACUUCCAUAAAAGUAGUAAUACCACAGUAUAAAAAUACUCUGUUACAAAUAAAAGUCCUAAUCUUACUUAAGUAAAAGAACAAAAGUAUUAGCAUCAAAAUAUACUUAAAGUACCAAAAGUAAAAGUACUCAUUAUGCAGAAUAAUAUAUAUUAUUGGAUUACUACUAUUGAUGCAUUAAUGUGUUCAUCACUUUAGUUUCGCACCUGGUAGUUAAUACAUCAUCAUUCAUUAGUUGAUUAUAUUUUGUUUUGACUGAAUCUGUAGAGUAACUAAAGUUAUCAGAUAUAUGUAGGGGAGUAAAAAGUACAACAUCUCAGUCUGAGAUGUAGUGAGUAAAAGUAUAAAGUAGCAGAAAAUGGAAACACUAAGUAAAGAACAAGUAUCUCAAAAUUGUACUCACACCACUGAUUAAAGUCCACAUCAAAUGUUUAGGUAUUAUGUUGGAUUAGUGCUGAGAAAUUACCUAAUUUCACCGAACAAGUCACCAAAAUCAAGAGAACCUUGUGUGACUUUAAAAUGACUUCUGCAAGCAGCCCAAAAGUUAUGAUUGUUCAGACUGCAGCGACUGUACAUGUCAAAAAAACAUGUCUGUAUGUGCAACACCUGAUUUAGUCUAAACAGAACAAAGUGCACGGCUGGUUUUAGACCUUUACAAAGUGAUGUUAGUAGUUUUCAUUUAUUUUAUUGUUCAUUUUUGCAGGCCAGUGCACAAUUGAAGGUAAUUGCACAAGAGUUAGCUUGCAGCUAAUUUACAUCUGUUGCCCCUGGGCAUCUACACAAAUAAUAACAGCACAAUACAUAAAAGUCAAUCAGUGCGAGAUAAUGCAUCAAAUCAGUGUGAUAAAUACUGGUUUUGGGGCUGGUUUUAAACACUGCAAAGCAUCCUGAGUCUGUUUGUGAGUAUGGAAUUUCAUACUCAAUUUCACUUCCCCACUACUUUAACUGAGAAAGCAGACUGACCAAAGGCCAAAGGCCCUUUUGAACUGCGGUACCCAGUCACCCUGAGCAGAGUCUCUAGUCCUACUGGCACUGCUGCUGCCGGGAUAGGCAAGGCAUCCUUUAACAGAAGGGUGUGCAAGAUUAUGAAUAACUUUAUACAUCAGGAAUGCAUCAGAGUAAAAUAAGAAGUCAAAAUUGGGGAACCCUAUUUUUUCAGAUUAUUAUAUUGAUGAUGAUCCUUUGGCUUUUAGGAUUUGUUGAGAGAGUGAGUACACAGGCUUGAGUCUCACACCUGCCUUUGUUUCAUAAGUACACACAUAAAAGCCCUCACACUGCACAUUUCAUCUUAACACUAAUCAGGGUUUAUUUUAGUCCACUUAGAGACUUUGAUAUAUAUAUAUCAAAGUCUCUAAAAUAAUAAAUAAUAAACAAUUUUUUUUUUUUAGAUAUUAUAAGAUCCAUCGCAAUAAUAUAGGUGCUUAUGAAUCUAGUGUACUUCCUGUUGUUCUUGGAGCUCUGAAUCAGCUGUAGCAAAUGAGCUAUAGGCACUUCUUUCUUUAAAGCCACUCAGAGAGCUGGAGUCUGUACAGUGUGAAAGCAGAUAUGUUGCGGACUUUACGGUGUGUUUAAUCCUGUGUGGUGAAGUCUGUAAAUUGUAAUAGAAAUCCUCUUCUCUGUGUUCAGUUUGAUGACUUAUUGUUGUGAAUUUCAGGUCGCACAUUUGUUUAAGUUAGUUCUAUUUAGUUUAAUACCACAUGUUCUCUUUGAUGUAAUUGUCUUUUAACUGAAACUGUUUUAUAUCUCUUCUUACUUGAUCUGCACAAUGUUAUUAUACACAUGAUGAUUUAGCCUAUGUUUAUUUCCAUGACUUAUAUUUUCUUGGAUUUUAUAAUAAUCUCAGGAGAGCGUUUCUUUAUUGAUGUUGGACUAAACUCUGAUCUGUAAAAUGAUACUGUAAUAUAAAAAACUGCAUUUUAGUUUUUUUAGUAUUUGUAAAGGUUUGAAAUUACAGCAGGGAUACAAAAAGUGGUGAAAGAAGUGCUCUGAUGUUUUACUUCAGUAAAGGUAGUAAUACCACAGUGUAGAAAUGUAGUAGUAAAAGACCUGCAUUCAGCAUUUUACUUGAGUAAAAGUACAAAAGUAUAAGCAUCAAAAUAUACUUAGUAUAUAAAAAGCAAAAGUACUCAUUAUGCAGAAUGACCCAUUUCAGAAUUAUAUUCAAUGAAAAAUGAUUGAUGCAUUAAUGUGUUCAUCACUUUAAUGUUGCCGCUGAUGAAGGUGGAGCUCAUUUUAAUUCCAUAUGCUGCUGGGUAGUUUCUGAAUAUCCCCCCGCGGAUAAAUAAAGAUUUAUAUUAACCUAAAA